CUUCCCUCCACUACAACCUUAAAUGGAAGUGGAGAGAGCUCAGAAAUAAAUAGCAGCAGACUUUAGUUUCAUGGUCCAAUCCUAGGCUGCUUCCGUUUCCAACUCUCCAAACCCAUAUUGUGAAUGCCAAAUCCAGCCGCAGAAUCCCAGAAAUGGCUGUGCUCGAAACCAUACCAGUUCUGUUCCCGGUCGAAGCAUCAUCAUCUUCUUCUUCAUUCCUGAGCACUAGCACCAUCAUUGCGCUCACCGUUUUCUUUGCCCUCCUCUGCGCUUGUAUCGUUAUCGGUCAUCUCCUGGAAGAGCACCGCUGGGCUAACGAAUCGAUCACCGCCCUUCUUCUGGGCUUGUGCGCUGGAGUGGUGGUGUUGUUGAUCAGCAAAUUCCAGAGUUCGCAAAUACUAGUCUUUAGUGAGGACUUGUUCUUCCUUUAUUUGCUUCCCCCAAUCAUUUUCAAUGCCGGUUUUCAGGUCAAGAAAAAGCAAUUUUUCAAGAAUUUCUCAACAAUAUUUUUGUUUGGAGUCUUUGGCACAGUAAUUUCGUUCUGCAUUAUAUCACUAGGUGCCUAUUUAAUCUUUAGAAGAAUUGGUGUGACAGACCUGGAUAUACAAGAUUACCUAGCUAUUGGUGCCAUAUUGUCAGCAACUGAUUCAGUUUGCACGCUGCAGGUUCUCAGUCAAGAUGAAACACCCUUACUUUACAGUAUUGUAUUCGGUGAGGGAGUGGUGAAUGAUGCCACCUCUAUUGUGCUUUUCAAUGCAGUCCAAUCACUUGACGUCGAGAACAUUGAUCCUUUUACAGCAUUAAAAUUGUUGGGGACCUUUCUUUACCUUUUCUUGACCAGUACUGCUCUUGGUAUAGCAGCAGGUCUUAUAAGUGCGUAUAUCAUUAAGACACUUUACUUCGGAAGGCAUUCCACAGAUCGUGAAGUUGCACUCAUGAUGCUUAUGGCUUAUUUGUCAUACAUGCUGGCUGAGCUUUUAAAUUUAAGUGGGAUCUUGACAAUAUUCUUCUGUGGCAUUGUCAUGUCUCACUACACGUGGCACAAUGUUACAGAAAGCUCACGGAUAACGACCAAGCAUGCAUUUGCAACAAUUUCAUUCAUUGCAGAAACUUUUAUAUUUCUGUAUGUCGGUAUGGAUGCCUUGGACAUUGACAAAUGGAAAAGCAGCAAUGCAAGUGUAGGAACUUCAGUUGCUGUAAGUUCAACAUUGCUUGCAUUGGUAUUGGUUGGAAGAGCAGCAUUUGUGUUCCCCAUUUCCAAUAUAACAAAUUGCAUGAAGAAAAGAGAGAGUACAAAGAUUGAGUUUCGACAACAGUUUAUAAUAUGGUGGGCAGGCCUUAUGAGAGGUGCAGUGACCAUUGCCUUGUCUUAUAACGAGUUUGCAAAUUCCGACAAGACAUCAACGGCAGAUAGUGCACUAAUGAUCACCAGCACUAUAAUUGUUGUUUUAUUUAGUACUGUGGUGUUUGGUUCCAUAACAAAGCCACUUGUAAAAGCAAUGCUGUUGCGCAAUGCAAAACCUGCAAUCUCAGACGCAACCGACCUUCCAAGCUUAGAAGAGUUGAACAUAUCAUUCCUUGAAAACUGCGAUCCAAGUGAGCAGCCCAAUACUCCACCACGCCGCAAGAAUAGCCUGAGGUUGCUAAUAAGCAACCCCACUAGGACUGUUCAUUACUGGUGGAGAAAAUUUGACGACAAAUGCAUGAGACCAGUGUUUGGUGGACGGGGUUUUGUUCCAUUUGUUCCUGGUUCCCCAAGUGGUGCAAGAGAUGAGGAAACUUCUUAAUCAUGUAUACUUUUAUUCUCUGUCUUCUUCUUUUGUUGUACAAUAAAAUAUAUAAUGAAGCUGCAAGAUGUAAAGAACAUUUUCCCAAGAUUUUGCUCUUUCUUUUUUAUUGUAUUUUAUUACAAUUCAUUCGGAAACAGAAAUGUGGCCGGAGGUUUAAUUGUAUCAUAGUGAAUAAGCUUGAACUAAUUAUACUUCACAUAGUAUUGAAAUGGAUU